CCUUGGCCACCCUUGUUACUGAUAUAAAAGAGGUUCGGGUCAGCUGAACUAUAUCAGUUAUCUAUUGAACUUAGAAACAUUACGACAAACAAAAUGUUUUCUAAGGUGUUGUGCAUAGCGGCUUUAGUAGCAGCAGUUUCGGCCCAGUACGGAGGAUACGGGGGUCACCACGAAGGACAUGGUCUAGGGUUCUCGUCCCAGCACAUCUCCCGCCACGAUGGCCCAGCUGAAGUGGUGCACGUGGGCCAUGAUGGCCACGGUCAUGGCCACGCUGUUGACUAUUACGCUUAUCCCAAAUACGAAUUCGAGUAUAAGGUGUCAGACCCCCAUACCGGAGACCACAAAACCCAGCACGAGAUCCGCGAUGGUGACCACGUGAAGGGAUACUACUCCCUGCACGAGCCUGAUGGCGGCGAGAGGAUCGUCCACUACCACGGUGACAAGCACAGCGGUUUCCACGCCACAGUCAAGCACGCCACUCACCAUAUCGUACCUGUGAAACACCACCACUAUAAAAUGUUCGCUAAGGUCAUGUGCGUCGCUGCCCUAGUUGGCUUAGCCGCCGCUCAAUACGGCCACAGUCACGGCCACGGGUACUCCUCACAGCACAUCUCGCGUCAUGACGGCCCCGCCCAUGUGGUGCACGUCCACGGCCAUGACGGCGGCCACGGCCACGGCCAUGGACACCAUGACCAUGUUGAUUAUUACGCUUAUCCUAAAUACGAGUUCGAGUACAAGGUGUCAGACCCCCACACCGGCGACCACAAGAGUCAACACGAGUCUCGCGAUGGAGACCACGUGACUGGAUACUACUCCCUGCACGAGCCUGAUGGCGGCGAGAGGAUCGUCCACUACCACGGUGACAAGCAUAGCGGCUUCCACGCGACUGUGAAGCACGCCACCCAUCACAUCGUACCUCAUCAUCAUCACCAAUGAUGCUGUUACUUGAUUAGGCGCUUUUUAAUUGUGAUUAUUGUUAUUUUUGUGAUAUUUUUUUGUAAAUACAAAUAAAAGCUUUUUUUUUAC